CUCUGAGUAUCUAUCGAGCCGUUCAUUCGAUCGGUUGUGUUUUGCCUGUGGUGGUUGUUCAUUCGUCUAUGCACAGUAAUAAGAAAAAAAACAUUUGGGUCCAAAAACAUUUCAUGUUGAUUUUAAACAAAUAACUUAAUACAAAAAAAUCUUUUCACAAUCAACGUGGUUUAACUCGUUUUCGGAGUUUACCUAUUACGUAAAACAUUGUUUUUUUUUCGCAAAAACGAUCAUUGCGCCAACACCCCAUCGCGCUUUGUUAAAGUUUUUAUACUUAAAUCAUUAUAAAAAAAUAAAUAAAGAGUUUAUAGUUACAAAGGCUAGUUAUAGAUAUUGAAUAUUGACGCGUUGAAGCAGCACUAUAACUAUCGUAUUGUUAGUUGUUCAAUACGUGAUUGUGUGUUGAUAUUUUGUGUGAUCGCGCACUUCCAAGGCAAGGUGUUCAACUUGUAUUGUUCUUGAACUCCUAGAGAUACUUUUAUCACUUUAAUGAAGAUGCAUAACAUAAGGAACUGUUACAUUAAUUGCAUAUAAAUUAAAGUUGUUUCGUUUUUUUCUAUUAUCACAAAUACAUUUUUUUUAAUCUUGUGAAAAUUCGUUCAAAUUUCUUUUUUGUGUAAGAACUCGAAGAAAUAAAUUUCAUUUAAUUGUCACUAAGUUUAUAUAAAAAAGGAGAGGAAGUGGUUUAUCUGCUAUAAGUGCUGCACCCUUUAACUUACAAAAAAAAUUUAAGUGAUAAGUUAUUUUUGAUUGUGGAUAUUUUUUUUUGCUAAUGUAUUAAAAGGCGAGCGCCAUCAGAUAAAAGAAACGCAACUGUAACGGAUUAUCAGGAAAAGAGUAAAGAUAAUUCAUUUGUUUUGAACCUUCGAAAAUAUGGCUUCUCUUAGACCAUUAAAAAUCACAAUUGUCGGUGAUGGUAUGGUUGGCAAAACCUGCCUUCUAAUAACCUACACUCAAAAUGAAUUUCCCAACGAGUACAUCCCAACAGUUUUUGACAAUCAUGCAUGCAAUAUAGUUGUUGAUGGUAAGGACUAUAACCUCACACUAUGGGAUACAGCUGGACAGGAAGACUAUGAAAGACUGAGACCUUUAAGUUACCCAAAUACUGACUGUUUCCUUUUGUGCUAUUCAAUAAGUAGUCGUACAUCAUUUGAAAAUAUCAAAAGCAAAUGGUGGCCGGAAAUUCGUCAUUUUUCCAAUAACGUUCCCGUUGUUCUAAUUGGCACAAAACUAGAUUUGAGAAUUCCAAAUUCUGAGAAGUUUGUUACACAAGCCGAAGGCAGGAAACUGCGUAAAGAAAUUCACGCUCAUUCCCUUGUUGAGUGUUCAGCGAAAAAGAAGGUUAACCUGGGUGAAGUGUUUGAAGACGCCGUCCGAGCUGUUGAAAAGAAACCCAGACAUCGACCAAGGCAAUGUGCUAUACUGUAAAAAUGUCCAUACAAGCCUAUUAAUAAAUAGACAUGCUUUUUUAUGUACUAUGUUUUUCUAUAGUUAAGAUCUUUACUUUUAUGAAAUUAAGUCCAUAUUGUUAUUUAUUAUUACUAUCCGUUCUAUUCCUUUUUGUUGUUAAUUUUAGUUUAAAUAAAAUAUAGAUAAAUCUGAAUUUUGUUUAUUUGGCUGCCAUUUUUAUAUGUAUAAUGUAUUUAUGUUAAGCCAAGGUUCUAUAUGUGAAUUGUUAAUACGUUUUCUCUUUUAACUGUAUAUUAAAAAUAAUAUAUAUAUAUAAUAUAAACGACAAUGUUAGUAGGUAUCGAAAAAUAAUUUAUGUUUUUGAAAUUAUAAUAAAUUAAAACAUACCAAAGUGAAUCGGAGAUAAUAUUAUAAACAAUUGAUUAAAUUGAAAUUUUCAAAAUAAAUAAUUUUUAUUUAUUGAAUACUUUUUGGUAAGAGAAAGGUAUUUAAACAAAGCAAAAUAUAAAUUUCAUAACAUUCUUUUGUGCAUAUACAGUAAAAAAAAACUAUUUUGUAUAUUUUAAACUAGUCAUUAAUAAAUUCAAAUAAAUUUAAAUAUUAAGUUUUAGUUUUGAAAUCCUGUGCCCUUUUAAAAAUAAAUAAAAAAAAAUGAAAAAUCCUAGACAAACCAGAAUAUAGAUCGGAAAUGAAUCAGUUUACAAAAAUACACACGUCAUAUGUUAUAGUUUACAGAAACUCUUUUAAGAAUUGUAAGACAUUAUAUUUCCCAAUUCUUAUGAAAAUGUUUAUAAAUGCAAUUAUUAGAAAGGCCUUCAUACUUUGGAUAGCAACAUUUAGACAAAAAUAGAAAGCAAUAUAAAAGAAACAAUAAAUAAAUAGCCAAGUACCUACCUAUUUAAAA